CCCUCCCCCUCUGCAAACAUAGCUUCGCUCCUGCCCUUCUCCCUCUCUCGCUUUCGCUCGCUGCCCUGCCUGCCUCUCUCGCUCCGUCACUCCUGGCAUCGCCCAAACCCUCGCUCACGCCUCUCGCUGCUCGGUCGCUCGCCCUUGCCGGCUCGCCUAGCCCUCGUGGCCGCCUGGCCAGUGGCUCGCUCUCCGUCGCUUACUGCCUCUCGCUCAGUCGCACGGUCGCAGUUUCGCACCCUCGCCGGCUCGGCCUCGUGGCCGGUGGCUCGCCGCUCUUGCCUCUUGCUCCGUCGCUGGCUAUCGCUGGUGGCUCGCUGCCUCUCGAUUGCCGAUUAGCUAAUCAGAUUCGGCCCAUUUUUACAUUUCGCGUCAGGGCCUCAAAAUCUCAGAGCUUCAAAGUGUAAGCAGCAAAUAACACGUUGCUGCUCCAGAAAGACAUAAACGGGGAAAGAAGUAAUAUCAGAUGGCUCAAAAUAAAGAAAAAGUGAACUACAUUAAUCAUUUAUCUCGGUGCUUUUCACUUCUUGCUGUUUAUUUCUCUCAAGGUCUGCUUGCAGUAUUACGAAAAGUGGAUCAUGGCAUUUCAUUACUGCGAGACGCACGUGAAGAAUUUUUGGGAUCACAUGCCUCAGAGCAACCAAAAAGGAAACCCCAUAGUCCACGUUUUCAGCCUUGUGAGGUUGGGUUUUUGGAUUCAGUCAAUAAUCUUGUUGAGCCAAAGGAAUAUGCAAAUUUCACAGAAUUUUCCAUUGGGUACAUUGAUAGAGAGAAGAAACCCUUUCAGAAUGAUCAAUUUAAACUGAGAUUUGGAGGACAUCAAACCCUUGAAGAAAGAGAGAAAUCCUUCUAUGCAAGGAAUCAAACAAUCCACUGUGGUUUUGUAAAAGGACCAGAAGGAUAUGAAAGCACUGGAUUUGAUUUGGAUGAGAAGGACAAGUCAUACAUGCAUACCUGUAGUGUUGCAGUAUCAUCUUGCAUUUUUGGUAGCUCUGAUUUUUUGAGGCGGCCUGCCAGCAAACUGGUUAGUGAAUACUCCAAGAAGAAUGUUUGUUUUGUUAUGUUUGUAGACAAGCAAACACUGUUGAAAUUAUCAGCUGAUGGGAAUGUUCCUGAUGACAGAGGAAAUAUUGGGUUAUGGAGAAUAGUUGUUGUAAAGAACUUACCCUACAAGGACAUGCGCAAAACUGGAAAGGUGCCGAAAUUUCUAUCACAUCGUCUCUUCCCUUAUUCUAGGUAUUCUAUUUGGCUUGACAGCAAGAUGCGACUUUUAACUGAUCCUAUGCUGAUCAUUGAAUACUUUUUGUGGCGAACAAGAUCAGAGUAUGCUAUUUCAAAUCAUUAUACUCGCCACUGUGUUUGGGAGGAGGUACUCCAGAAUAAGCGUCUGAAUAAAUACAACCAUACGGCUAUUGAUGAACAAUUUGUCUUUUACCAAUCUGAUGGUCUCACCAAGUUUGACACGUCAGAUCCAAAUAUGCCUCUUCCAAGUUAUGUACCUGAAGGUUCAUUUAUUGUUAGGGCACAUACACCGAUGUCAAAUUUAUUUUCAUGCCUUUGGUUUAAUGAAGUUGACCGUUUUACAUCUCGUGACCAACUGAGCUUUGCAUAUACUUUCUUGAAGUUGAAAAGGAUGAAUCCGGAUAAGCCAUUCUUUCUAAAUAUGUUUAAGCAGAGUUCCAUUUUCGAAGUUCUGCACCCUUUUGGGGGCGGGCUAGGUUGCUUCAUUGCAGAAUUGUCCAAAUCUGGCCGCUACUGCUUCAACAUUGGAAUAAAAUGAAAGCAUCGUUUCGACUGGUGAUUUUGACCUUCUCUUUUAUGUCUGGUUGUGCCCAUACUAUAGCACUUAGGGUGUCGAUAACAAAAUAAGAUAAAACAAAUGUAGCUUUGGAAAUGUCAAGUGUCUAACAUAUAUUACAUGGAUGAACGAUUGUGUUGUGUAGUAAUUAGGGGACAACGUCCUAUCCAACCAGAACCUGUAUAUUUCCUCGUUCAACCUCGUUUUGCAUGUUUAGUGCAUUCCUCAUCAUUUCAACUGAACACAAAGCAUUCUUUGUUUGUUGCCAUCCUGAAUAUGCAUUCUUAUUCAUGUGAUGCUCUUGAAGAUUC